GGGCACCACCGAAUUUCCCACGAUCGAACUAUUUUCUCUUUUUCCCCAAUUUCUAGUGAGAGAAAGCUGAGAAUAAUUGGCUUAGUUAGCGUAAACUCUCCGAACUCGAAGAACAGAGAAAAGUAGAAAGAGGAGAAGCUUGCAAAUCAAAUCCAAUCCAAUCCAAUUCAAAUGGCCAACAGCAAUUUACCGCGUCGAAUCAUCAAGGAGACGCAGCGUCUUCUCAGCGAACCAGCACCAGGAAUAAGUGCAUCACCUUCAGAAGAAAAUAUGCGGUAUUUCAAUGUAAUGAUUCUUGGUCCAACACAGUCUCCUUAUGAAGGUAACAAAAUUAUCAUUUUCUCUUAUCUAAAUAAAUUUCUUCUCUGUAUUGAAACUUACUUAGGUCUACUCGGAAGGAUAUGCUUAGAUAUUCUCAAGGACAAAUGGAGUCCGGCGCUUCAGAUUAGAACUGUACUUUUGAGCAUUCAAGCACUUCUGAGUGCUCCAAAUCCAGACGACCCACUGUCUGAAAACAUUGCGAAACAUUGGAAAUCGAACGAGGUUGAAGCAGUUGAAACAGCUAAAGAAUGGACACGUUUAUACGCAAGUGGUACUUGAAGAAACGGAAUCCCAGAAUUUCCCAAAUAAUAAGUGUACCUUAUUGACCCCAAAAUGAAUAUUGAAUGUUUUAGAAGAAUGGUUGUCAUGCUCAAACCAAUUGGACUUCUCCAUCUUCUUUUAGAGUCUUGCGUUCGAUUACGUUAACACUGUCGUUCAAAAAUGUAUAAUUAGUUUUGGAUACUUUGGUUUUUGUGUUGUGAUCCAUAUUUCUGUUAAAUAGUAUAUUGUGUCCUUCGUCUUUGGAGAGUUAUUUGGCCUAUAACCUUUGGUGUAGCAUGGAAA